CGCGGCCCAUCUAACGGCCAUUCUCCAGCCCACUUACCCCCGGCCCACGGUACCGGAGGCGGCGGUGGUUCGAGACCCCACCACGGCUCAGCCUCCUCCACCACACUCGCCGCGCGCCUACCUCCCCCCUUCCCGCCGCCGUGGAAGGAGACCGGCGGCUGGCUCCCACCGCUUCCGCGAGGGUUCGGAGGCAGUAGGCUCGGCUGCUGCCAUGCUCUCAAGGAUCUCUCAGCUCGGGGCGCGGCUCCUGCGCGAGACCAGAGCUGGAAACUUGUCAAGCAAUAGCAGCAAUUACUACCGAGGUCAAGUCAGCCGGCAUUCAACCCCAGCGAAGAGCAUCCUCUUCUCCACCGCAACAAGUAGUCAUCAUGAUGAAGGCGGUGAGGACAAGGAGAAAAUCUCUGUAACAUUUGUCAACAAGGAUGGUACUGAGAAGACAAUAAGUGUUCCUGUCGGAAUGUCCAUGUUAGAAGCUGCUCACGAAAAUGACAUAGAACUUGAAGGAGCAUGUGAAGGGUCGCUCGCGUGUUCCACUUGUCAUGUCAUAGUUAUGGAUGUAAAGUACUAUAACAAGCUAGAGGAUCCAACAGAUGAAGAAAAUGAUAUGCUUGACCUUGCAUUUGGGCUCACAGAAACGUCUCGUCUUGGCUGCCAAGUAAUAGCGCAGCCCGAACUUGACGGUGUCCGAUUGGCGUUACCCGCAGCUACACGGAACUUUGCGGUAGAUGGCUUUGUGCCAAAACCACACUAGAGAGACGCCAUCAGUUUUGUACCUUAGCAUGUAACUUAACUACAGUAUCGUCUCUGAGAGCCCCUGUGCCUUCGGACUUGGAUCUGUUCUCGUUUUAUGAGCUCCUUGGUCAGUGCAAGAUCAUCGGUAUCUCAUUUCUACAGCUAGCAGUAGGUGAAUAUAUACCGAAUAAGCAGCUUAUGUUUGUGACACCCCGUCGGCAGUAUUAUUUGGAGAGAGAAUAAAAACUUGCUUCAUAGAAGUUCUGGGGA